GCGCUGUAGUGCACAGGAGAUCGCAUGUCGUCUUGGGAAAACGCUUUUGUUUUCCUUUGCGGAAAAGUGGUGGGAGAGCGAUUCAAAACAAAGGACUGUUUUUGCUGCUUCCAGACAAGUGUAUAUAUAUGACGCAUUGAUUUACGCUGCUUAACAGCGACUUUGGCACUUUGUGAGCUGAUUGUCUCCUGGCUGAGGAAACACUUCUCGGAGCUGCUGCAGACUGGAAGGCGGAAGGGGAAGGAAAUUCCGGAGGAAAGGACGGAAAAGAAGCCCAGCCAUGGAUCAGAGAUGCUCAGCUUUCAUUUCGGAGCGGAUUUGUUGCUGCCGUCGAUUGGCAUGGAACCCACUCGCUAAUUCAGAGGCAUUAUAAAACGUAUUUAUAUCCGUCUUCACCUAUUAAUGCCGUAAAUACGAACCGUUAGUAAGUGAGAGAGUCAAAAUGGCGGCGGCCUGGCCCAUCCCCCAGGCCCUGUUCAUGAUCAUACUGAGUGCUGCUGUGGGCCUGGACCCGUGUCCUUCAGCCUGUGUCUGUUCAGAAACUUCAGACGGUACUAAACUCUUGGACUGCAGUCGGAAAACAUUGACUGAGCCUCCUGUGGGAAUUCCAGCAUGGGUCACUCAUGUGUCUUUGAAUCAUAAUGAGCUCUCAAGUGUGCCUUUCCUUGGAGAUGCUUCCUCAAACAUCACUGUGCUGUCUCUGGUUUAUAACCGAAUCUCUGAAGUGGUUGCUGAACAGCUUCUGUCCUAUUCAGCCCUGGAAAGUCUGGACCUGAGCUCAAACUCCAUCUCUGAGCUGAAAGCUGGAUCAUUUCCUCCUAUGCAGCUAAAAUACCUGAAUCUGAGCAACAACAAAAUCAGCUCUCUAGAGCCAGAUUGCUUUAACAACAUCAGCUCUUUGCUCGUGCUGAAGAUAAACAGGAACCGGCUUUCACUACUGCCGGCUAAAGUCUUCACGCUGUCUCAACUGCAGAUUCUGGAGUUAAAACGCAAUAAGAUCAGAGUGGUAGACAGUUUGGUCUUCAAAGAACUGAAGACACUGAAGUCUCUGAAGAUGCAGAGGAAUGGCGUCACGAAGCUGAUGGAUGGAGCUCUUUUUGGACUUGCUGAUAUGGAGGAAUUAGAGCUGGAACACAAUAACCUGACCGAGUUAAACAAGGGCUGGCUCUAUGGCUUGCACAUGCUCCGUGUACUCCGACUCGGCCAUAACAACAUCGGCCUUGUCCGAGCCGAUGCCUGGGAGUUCUGUCGUCGUCUGGAGGAACUAGAUUUGUCCUAUAAUCACUUGAGUCGUCUCGAGGACUGGGCUUUCUCUAGCCUCGGGUUGCUGCAGAGUCUAAACCUGGGCGAGAAUCGCAUCACGCACCUGGGAGAGGGAGUUUUUGACAGCCUAGCAAAUGUCCGCACAUUAGAUCUCCGUAGCAACGACAUAUCUCUUGUUAUUGAGGAUACGGUCAGUUUGUUUGCUGGCAUGAAAAAGCUCAACACAUUGGUGCUUCAGAUGAACAACAUCAGAACCAUUACAGAGAAGGCCUUUGAGGGUCUGAAAGAACUAGAGCAUCUAGACUUGAGUAAGAACCGGAUCAUCUCUAUUCACCCUAAAUCAUUCUCUCACUUGAAACUCAAAUCCUUUGAUUUGAACACCAGCAGUCUCCUCUGUGACUGCAGUCUGAGGUGGUUUAGCCAGUGGCUCACCGACAGCCUUUUCCAGCAGUCAUGCAUCGCUGUAUGUGCAUAUCCCACCUCACUGUCAGGCAGGAGUGUCUUUAGUGUAUCCCUGGAUGAAUUUGUGUGUGAUGGCUUUCCUCGACCACAGAUUAGUGGGAAUCCCAGGACCGUGGUGGCCCUACGCAUCACCAAUGUCACUCUGAACUGUUCUGCCUUCAGCACAAGCGAUUCCUCCUUGAACACCACCUGGAGGAAAGACAAGGAGGUGCUGUCUGAUGUGCAGGUGCAAAAUUAUGCUCGCUACCAGGACCAGCAGCUCAUCUAUACCAGCAUGCUCCAUCUGCUAAAUGUUAACUUCACUGAUGAAGGCCGCUACCAGUGUGUAAUCUCCAACAACUUCAGUGCCAACUACUCCACUGAGGCCAAAGUGACUGUUAAUGAGUUGCCCUCCUUCCUGAAGACCCCCAUGGACCUGACAAUCCGGACUGGCACUGUGGCACGGUUGGAGUGUGCUGCAGAGGGACACCCUCCCCCCCAGAUUGCCUGGCAGAAGGACGGCGGUAUAAACUUCCCCGCUGCUCGUGAGAGAAGGAUGCAUGUCAUGCCCGAAGACGACACAUUUUUCAUCGCCAACGUGAAGGCAGAGGAUAUGGGCGUAUACAGUUGCACUGCCAAAAACGAGGCAGGCAGUCUAUCAGCUAAUGCCACACUCACUGUGCUGGAGACACCGUCUUUCCAGCGCCCUCUUGAAGAUCGCACAGUAGCCCGUGGCGAGACUGCUGUUCUUCAGUGUAUAGCCCGUGGUAGCCCCGCCCCACGCCUGAAUUGGACAAAAGACGACGGCCCGUUGCUGCUGACCGAGCGCCACUUUUUUGCCGCGAGCAAUCAGCUGCUUAUUAUUGUGGACGCCAGGUCUGCCGAUGCAGGGAAAUACACGUGCGUUAUGUCCAACACGCUGGGCACAGAGCGAGGACACAUCUACCUCAGCGUCUCCUCCUCUCCCAACUGCGAGACUCCUGGUGGCUACGAUCCAGAUGGCUGGACCACAGUGGGCAUUGUGGUGAUGGUGGUCGUGUGUUGUGUGGUGGGCACUUCUCUGGUUUGGGUGAUCGUCAUCUAUCACAUGAGACGCAAGAGCGAAGAUUACAGCAUCACUAACACAGAUGAGAUGAACCUGCCAGCAGACAUCCCUAGUUACCUGUCAUCACAGGGCACGCUGUCUGAGCCUCAGGAAGGCUACAGCAACUCUGAGGCAGGCAGUCAUCAGCAGCUCAUGCCCUCCCUGACCAAUGGCUAUGUUCAUAAAGGAACGGAUGGUGUGUGUUAUGGCGAGGUGGGAGGAGAGAUGGACCCAGAGACCAGUGGGAUGCUGGGUAAUCGUGUUGGGUCACUGUUUGCUGGGCGCAGCAGCUUCCAUCCUGGCGAGCCAAGGGACAGUCUGGCACAUAUGUCCAAUGGUGGCAGCGCUCCUUUGGUCAUUUGCUCAGACUGUUAUGACAACGCCAACAUCUACUCUCGCACCCGGGACUACUGCCACUACUCCUACCUGAGUGAAGAUGAUGCGCUGGAUGCCCAGCUGCCCAGAGAGGGGCAGCAUGAGGAUGCAGCUCUGCACGACCUGAUCACUCGGGAACCUCAGGAGCCCAAGCACCAUGCUUUACAUCACUACAGUAGCAAAGAUGUUCCAAGCAGAUCGUUUUGGAAUGGAGUAGACCCUCAUUCCUCCGAGUUGCCGCCAGGCGGAGUGACUGUACACAAGCCAACUACAGGUCCCUCGUAUAUGAAUGACCAGGAGAGAAGAACAGGAGGGCUAGAGGAAGCCCUGCACAGGACUAACCCUCAGGAUCACAACCCUCCAAACACAUAGAGCCCAGCCAGUACCCGGCGUUUUCACCCUGCUCAGCGUGCCCUACAAUCCCACUACCUCUUCCAACAAAACUCGCAUUCUGUCAAAAAAAAAAAAAAGAGAAGGAAAUCCAAACUCCACCUUUUUCUGUGUUUACAUUCUGUAGCGUCCCCUCAUUGGAUCCUGCUGGAAUGUAUGUGUGUUUCUUGUGAACAGCCCUUUCUAUGAUGGCGCGAUGAUUUCUUUUUCACCACUGGUUCUGUGCAAACUAAUCCUCUGGUGUAAGUUAAGACUCUGAAUGUAAUCUUUCUUUUAAAGAGUCUUGCUCAUGCCACCUUUUGUCGUUUCCCCCCCAACCUACUGCAGGGGACAAGAACUCCCAUGUGUAUGCCAAAGCAUUGAGCCAGCCCUCUUCUAUGCUGCCCUGGCUUUAAAAAGUGGUGACCCAUGUCCUUGUAGGACCUGUUGUACAAAUCAAUCCCUGUAUUGUUGAAUAUAUGUAGGAGGACAUGGCUCAGGCAGUCGAAUGCUGUCAUGGAGACAAAUAUCCACUUUGCAUUACUCUUUCCAGUUUUUCACAUUGAGCAGGUGAUGGUGGCCUUUUUUUUUUUUUUCUUCUUCUUUAUUGGAAAGAAAUGUGGUUCCCCUGCUUCCUGUCCAAUAUUACAAAAUGAAGUUACUCUUUGUCAGACAAUAUUUUAAUAAUUUAUCUUUUAAGUGCUUUUCACGAAGCUUGUAUCCCAUUCCCUCUUUGUUUUAAAAAAAAAAAGGCACUAUAUCUGACAGAAGAUGUAAAACAUUGCAACAUAGACAAUCUAGCUACAGCAAUCUUACAGGGUCCUCUAUAAGCAUAUAGUACAUGGCCACAUUAUUUUAUAAAAUACAAAUACACUGCAUUCCUCUAUUUUUUAUAUUUUUUUCUCUUCCUAUUAGUAUGCAGUCCUUUAGCUGUUGCUAUGGCUUUCCCCUGAAGCUAUUUCUCUUCACUAUGUAAAAUCUGAAAGAUUCUACAAAUAAGAGCCACUGUACUGUUCAAUAUAUGUAUGAGUACUGUAUACACAGUACAAACAAUUUAGGCCUUCCUCCCAUGCAUUUUACCCUUUUUAGGGUACUAUAUUUUGGUUUGAAGGCACGGUUUAGUGCUUCGUCUAAUUCUGAAUUUCAUUCGUUCAGUCGGCUUUGGGCUGAUUGCCAGAUUGCACCUAUCUGUAGCACAGACUUUAUCAUUUUUUUAAAUUUUUUAACAGUGAUACUGUUUAAAAUGUACACUCUGGAGCACCAUUAACUCAUGAGUUAGGGACAGCAUCAGGUACGUCCAGUGACAUAUCAGUAUUAAUCAUUCUCACCAUGGUGACCACAGAAAUUUAAGGACUCUUGAUUUGCAUUAAAAAAACACUGCUAUGAUACGAUACUCUUGCUUACGGACCUCAUUCAGUUAUUGAUAUUUUGUCUUAACUGUAAUUCCCCACAUUCCUGAAUUAUGUAUAUUUCAAUUUUUUUCGGUGUCACAAAUCUACUAUAAAUGAACAGUGUUGUCUGUAGUGGCGGGGCGUGUUUCUUUAUUCUGCUUACAGAGAUGUUCCACCAUGAACCUGAAAUAAGCUUUGUGUGUGGAACCAGCCCAAACGGUUCCUCUCCUCAAUAGAUUUCAUCCUUGUCAUUUUAGCACUUUCUGUUUGUAGUACGAUGACUGAUGUUUCUUUCAGUGCGCGUCGCAUUCUUCGUUUUUUGCUUGCGAUUGUCCAAUUUUGUCCACACUUGGUACAAUCCUAUAAAUGCUGCACAUCCCAUAGGAGGAUAAUUUGUUCCAAAGAGUGUGUGUGAGAGAGAGAAAGACUGAGAAGAAACUCUUAACAUAUAAUUGUAAAAUGUGUGUUGUGAAAUGUUGCUGCAGCAUUAUGUCACUACAGCCAGAUACACUAUGAAUCAGUUCUGUGUUAUGUUCUAUUUAUUUAAAGUGAAUAUGCUGUUGCUCAGUUGUUUGCUGAUAAGUGUCUGCUGGUGCCACGUUGUCAUAUCGUUUGAAGCCAUUUUCCUGUUUGAAUAUAAUCUCAAUUUAUUGAUCAUAUGUUGAUGUAUUGCAUCUAGAUUUUUUUUUUCCAUUUGAUUUUAUGAUUUUGCACAUGAUCUUUCAUUCCAUUUCACUACCCAAAACCCAUGUUGUUUGCUAGUUUUGUGAACAGUAGCAGUGGGUGUGUGCUGCCAGAGAUGAAUGGUUUGGUGAAGUUUUCCAGGUAUUAAAAGCUGUUAAGAUUAGGGUUAAUAGCGGUAGAGCAAAGCACUGCAAUUACUUGUGCACUUUUGCUGUCAGAAAUUAAAGGCAAAGUAAAUUCACCGUUCUAUACAGAUGUCUAAUGGUACCGUUAUAAUGGAUUUCACGGAGUAAUUGCAAAACUUCUCUUCAUAGGAAUUGUCAGAGUUUGAGUUGAAGGGCACAAAUAUAAGCAACAUUUUUAUUCACAGUAUGUCUUUCUGAAUUUAAACCAAAGUUCAGCAUUAAUGCUUCAACACUAUUCCAGUGCUGCUUCAAUGUUUUUUUUUUUUUUUUUUUUUCGUAUUUUCUUUUUCCAGAUGUUAUACCUGUACAUUCUGUAAAGCAUGGAGAAAGAAAUUUCUGUUUUAAUGUUGCAUAUUAAACAAUAAAAUGCAAAUUGAGUUUA